AUGGCUACAUUGGCUCGAUCCUUCUCUUCUGACGGCGCUGGCGUUGCCGUCAUCGUUCCCCAGAAUCCACUUUUAUCGAUAACUUACCAACAGCUGCAUUCGCACAUCUCCGAUUUCCAGGCUAAGCUGGCUAAACUUGGGGUUGGGCAUGGAGCAGCAGUGAAUCUGGCCCUUGUGAAUUCAUAUGAAUUUAUCGUCGGAUUUCUGGCAGCAUCCUGGCAACGGGCAAUCGCUGCACCCCUAAAUCCUGCCUACAAGCAGGAUGAGUUUGAGUUCUAUAUAGAUGAUCUCAGCUCGACCUUGGUCCUUAUUCCCAGGGGAGCAUAUGCCCAAGAUGGCCCCGCAGUUCGAGCAGGCCGAAAGUAUCAAGCCGCUAUUGCAGAGUGCUACUGGAACGGAACUGAGGUUGUCCUUGACGUAAAGGAGGAGGGCAAACUGGCAGGUAAAGGGAACGCUGGAGUUCAAAACGCCCAGCCCGACGAUGUUGCACUUGUUUUGCAUACGAGUGGAACCACUGGCAGGCCCAAAGCUGUUCCGCUCACCCACAAGAAUCUAACAACAACCAUGAGGAACAUUCAGGCAACGUACAAUCUCACUCCGGCAGAUAGAACAUAUCUAGUCAUGCCCCUAUUCCAUGUCCACGGCCUCUUAGCAGCCUUCUUGGCUCCUCUUGCGUCCGGAGGCUCUGUAAUUGUACCGCCCAAGUUCUCGGCCCAUGAAUUCUGGUCCGAUUUCACCAAAUACAAGGCGAACUGGUACUCCGCUGUGCCCACUAUCCACCAAAUCCUGCUCAAAUCGCCGCUGCCAACCCCUAUUCCUCAAAUACGCUUCAUCCGCUCCUGCUCUUCUCCUCUUUCGCCGAAAACGUUCCAGGAUCUCGAAAAUACAUUCAACGCCCCGGUGCUUGAGGCAUACGCCAUGACAGAGGCAGCCCACCAGAUGACAAGCAACCCUCUGCCCCCGGCAAAGCGGCAGCCCGGUAGCGUUGGAAUCGGCCAGGGCGUCGAAAUCAGGAUUCUCGACCAGGCCGGAAAAGAAGUCCCACAGGGUUCCGAGGCGGAAAUCUGCGUUCGAGGAGAGAAUGUCACAAAGGGAUACCUCAAUAACCCAGCCGCCAAUGAAUCCUCAUUCACUAAGGACGGGUUUUUCCGCACAGGUGACCAGGGAAAGAAAGACGCCGAUGGCUAUGUGAUCAUCACCGGUCGUAUCAAGGAACUCAUCAAUAAGGGCGGAGAAAAGAUCAGUCCUAUCGAACUAGACAAUACUCUGCUGAGUAACCCUAAAGUUGGCGAAGCGGUUUGUUUUGCCAUCCCCGACGAGGGUCACUACGGCGAAGACAUCGGGGCGGCGGUAGUCCUGAAGAGUGGCCAGAGUGCCACGGAGGAUGAAUUGAAGUCAUGGGUCCAGACCAAGCUGGCAAAAUUUAAGACCCCCAAACAGGUUUGGAUUGUACCUCAGAUUCCCAAGACGGCAACGGGCAAGAUCCAGCGACGCAAAGUCGCGGAGACGAUGCUGAAGCCCAAGGCGAAGUUGUAA